GUAUCUGCAUCAGCCGGUAUGUAAUUGAGACGCCAGGGGAAGCAGACAAAGGAAGACAUGAAUACCUGACAUGAACUUUUAAUCUAAGUUAAAAAGUCGGUGGACGCGGUGGAGGAACUGAAGGGCGAUAGAGAGAAGCUGUUGAUUUCCUUCUUUUUUUUUUGCAGAGUGGAUUUGCUACAUUCAUAUGAGGAGGCGGACCUCUGACUGCCGUGCUCAAUAUGCUGAAAGCAACCCCGAUGUGUGCAUACUGUAUGUGGGAGUACAGAGACUAUUUUGUCUUAAUUCAAUCAUCAGAAUCGGGAUACAUUGCACUUUAAACCGCGUUGGAUACACAGUUUAUUUUUCUUGGCAGCAAGCUAUAGCCUAUUUAUUUGGUCGUGUUGUUUUUUUUGUGUGUUUUUUUUUACUAGACAGAAGAUUUUAUACUAUCCAUUUGCACUUUUUUUUCUUUUGAAGUUGACUUUAACAUAGUAGACUACCGGUUUGCCUCAGAGCUAGCUACCUUUUUUUAAAUCGUAAAAAUAAUUAUAAUCUGAUAUUGAUCCUUAAGGAACACAUGAGGGGAAUCUAUUGACGUCUAACGUUACUUCGUGGCAUGUCACACAAUGGUGUCAUUUUCGGAUGGAGUUUUGAGGUUCCUAAUAUCUUCAUUUUGAAGUUAUUGAACACUUGAAUUAGGCUAGAUCAUUAUUUAUGUAGACAGGCCUAGAAUUCAUUAUAGAUGCCAAUAGUGGAGCAUUUCUUUGUUACACCAACAAAUCAUAUAGACUAUUUUUGCUGUUAUAGACCACACCAUAUGAGUAUAUCUAAACACUGCUGUUUUUAUUUUAUUUUUUUAAGUUGGGUGCAUUUUAUCUAACAACUGUUGUGUCUGACGUUCCAUUCUUGUGACUCGACACAUUCGAAUAUUUCUGCCCAAAACGUAAUUCUCUACGUAGUCUUGGCACCCGGCUGAAUCGUUGGAGAAAGCUUUCCAUUUUGGCAUAGCCAUCGUUUGAUUGAUCGUCCCUUCACACCGAGAACAAUUAGUGGCUUCCCUCACGAUGAGUUACUUCUUCUACCAAGCAGUGAUUGUAUUGCUACGUGGACUCGUCAUCUCUGCGGUACUGGGAUUGGAAAGCAGCUACUCAAACGAUAUGUUGAACCGUGCGUCUGAUGCCGCAAUUGUAGCCACUACAGACCCCUGUCUGACGGUGAUGCCGCCAUGCAUGGGCGACGCAGACCGUUUCAGCCUGGAGGCCCUCCGGGUCAUCCACAAACAGCUGGACGACGACAAUGACGGGGGGAUUGAGGUCAACGAGAGUGUAGAGUUUAUUAGAGAAGACAUGAAGCAACAGCAAACCAACAAACACAGUAACCUGCACAGGGAAGACCAACACAUCACCGUAGAGGAGCUGUGGAAGGGCUGGAAGACCUCUGAAGUUCACAACUGGACGACGGAUGACACUGUCCAGUGGCUUAAGGAGUCGGUGGAGCUGCCUCAGUAUGAGAGGAACUUCAGAGACUUCCGGUUCAACGGAAACACUCUGCCUCGAUUAGCGGCAAACGAACCGUCGUUUAUGUCUGGUCAGCUAAAGAUAUUAGACCAGCGGCACAAACAGAAACUAAAUCUAAAAGCACUAGAUGCUGUGCUCUUCGGCCCUCCCUUACGUCCACAACACAACUGGAUGAAGGACUUUGUGUUGAUGGUAUCUAUAGUGAUCGGGAUGGGGGGCUGUUGGUUCGCCUACAUCCAGAACAAGUCUUCCAAGGUGCACAUGAGUCAGAUGAUGAAGGACUUGGAGAGCCUGCAGAGUGCUGAGCAGAGCCUCAUGGACCUUCAGGGACGCCUCGAAAAGGCCCAGGAGGAGAACCGCACGGUGGCGGUGGAGAAGCAGAACCUAGAGCAGAAGAUGAGGGAUGAGAUCAGCGGGGCCAAGAAGGAGUCGUACCGGCUCCGCGAGCUCCGCCAGGGGGCCGAGUGUGAGCUCAGCCGCCUCAAAUAUGCUGAGGAGGAGCUGGUGCAGGUGCGUAUGGCCCUGAAGCGAGCAGAGAAGGAGAUGCAGACGGAGUGGUCGGUCCCAGAGGCCCUACAGAUGUGGCUACAACUCACCCAUGAGGUGGAGGUCCAAUACUACAACAUCAAGAAACAUAGCGCGGAGCUGCAGCUCACUGUCGCUAAGGAAGAGGCAGAGAAAAUCAAAAAGAAGAGGAGUUCUGUGUUUGGAACACUUCACGUCGCCCACAGUUCAUCACUGGAUGAAGUGGACCACAAGAUCCUAGAAGCCAAGAAGUCCCUGUCGGAGGUGACCGCCUGCCUGAGGGAGCGUCUCCACCGCUGGCAGCAGAUUGAGAAACUGUGUGGCUUCCCCCUGGUGCACAACUCUGGGCUGCCCAGUCUGACUGCCACCCUGUACUCUGACCACAGCUGGGUGGUCAUGCCCCGCGUCUCCGUGCCCCCCUACCCCAUCGCCGGUGGAGUGGACGACCUCGAUGAGGACACGCCUCCAAUCAUUCCACAAUUCACCUCAGCCUCUAUAAUGCGGCCCCCUCUGACGCGCAGCAGCAGCCUGUGUCGGUCCCGCCGGAGUCUCUACAGCACCCCGCAGCCUUCAAUGAUGUCGGCCGACCCUGACCUGCUCUCUAUGUCCAGCCCACCCCUCUCCUACCACCCAGAGGGUGAAGAAGAACACAUCCUCUUCAUCGAGAGAAAGGGGGACACUCAGGAUACGUCCUCAGACACAGACUCUCUCAACUCCUCCAUGGGACGGAAACAGUCCUAUGCUAACCCCUGCACGCCAGGCCCAGAGCCCCCCUACCGCAAGAUCUCCCGCGAGGAGCUGAUGAUGCUGAGCCAGCAGGAGCCUCAGACUUACAUCCGGGACUCACCCCCUCCUCAAGGGGGAGUUGCGUCCCUCUCGACUUCCUCCUCGGCCAACCCCUCCCCUGCCCUGGAGCACCACUCACACUCUCACACGCACUCGCACAAACACAAGGGCUCACCCGACCUCACCCGUGGCUCCAUCCCAGAGUCCCACAGCAUGUCCUUCACCACGCCGACGGCGGGCAACAAGGCCGUAUUCAACGGCAUCCUGGAGAAGUCCUAUAGCAUGGGCCAGCUGCCCGCGGGCAUGACGGGGGCAGGGGGGGUGGUGGUGGUGGUGGGGCGCAACCCAUCCCUCACCUCACUGGAUAAUGAGGGCAGGGGGCCGGGGGGCAUGGAGAAGAAACUACAGAGGACCUCUUCUCAGGACUCCUGUGACAACGGAGACAAGACCAAGAAGUCCUCGUCCAAGAUCAAGAGCUUGUUCAAGAAGAAAAAGUAG